AUGAACUUCCUCCGACCGUUUGCUAAGACCGCAGUCGGCAAAAAGUGAGUACUUGUGUAGCAUUAAUUGUUUCUAUUGACUUUCGUUGCGUUUAUAAAUUCAAAGAUAUUUUAUAAAAAUGAGCAUAAAAACCGUCUUUCUUGUGUUCAUUUAAUAGAUGCUUAUGUUUUAUUCGGAUUUUAUGCACGAGGGAAGGAUAUAUUUCGAUUUCAAGAGUUCGUAAUAAUAAGAUUUUUUAAGUACACUCAAAUAACCCUGCAUAUGACCGUUUACUUAGUGAUGGUGAUGCCUACACUCCCAAAAACAAGAUCCAGCCAAUCACUGCAGGCCACGUGAGUUUUCUCUACGGCGCUGUCAUCUUAAUCGUGGCGCCUCUCCAUUGGAUUUUCCCCUCGGACCUGAUCAAUCUGCGUAUUCGAAUUAUCCACCAGCUCGCCUGGAAUGUUCUUCCCGAAGGAUAUUGGGCCGAAUGCCGGCGAACCACAGUAAGGCCUUAUAAGUAUGCGUUACUUCCAGUUAAUCUCCAGUUGCAAUUGCUUUCAAGUACCAGGCCGGGUCAUAACACCUAAUGUUCCCCACCAGGUAUGCGACAUGACCCACAUAAAUCGCAAAGUUUUCUUAUCCUUAUAUGGUAUCUUUUAAUAACAUAAGGAGAUGCACGAGUUUUCCUAUGCAUGAUUUUGUAUACAGCUUAUGAUCUGGAAAAAACUAGUCGCAAAUGCAAAGCCAAAUCAAUCUCAAAGUUGUUUGGGAAUUGAGAAACAUUCUAAAACCAAAGUAUGCCUUUCCCUCGAGUACGCUGUUUGAUGAAUAUCUUUCUGCCCGUUUUUAAAAAUAUAUUUGAUGCUAUAAAGGCAACGAAAGUCAAUAGAAACAGUGAAUGUUAUUUACGUACUCAUUUUUGCGACUGUGGUUUUAGCAGGCGAUCGGAAAGAAGUGGAUUCGAAAGCCAAGCUCCUGGUGUGUUCGUGAUAUCCCACUUAGGUAAUACUUCCUUAUCGAAAAGGGAUUUCAGAAUUUCGGAUAACAUUUAAUGAGGUCGGUAAUUGAAUGUAUUCAUUUGUCUAAUGCUGUCGACGCACACGAUAUCACAUGCAACUUUUUCACGUGUUUACUGGUUUUACUAUCGUACACUGCAAUAGGUUUUGUGCCCUUCAACAGAAUCUAGGUCUACAGUGCGCAACCAGUGCCUCCAGAAGCUAAUAUGACAUAGAUAAACAGAGAAUGCCAUCAGUACCUCCACUGUCUGACCAACGGUUUCGGGUGAGAAGUGCGCAUAACGCCAUGUUCAAGUAUUGCUACUCAAGGUCGUCACCCAUCGAACGCAAGUCAUGAAGCCACCGCCUACCCCACAUGCGAAGUGUGUCAACCAGGUCGACAUCAACUAGUGCAACUUUAAAGUGUCGAUCAACAUCUAACUGACGCGCCUACGUACUCGGUUGGCUGGCAUUACAGCCCAUUGCCAACACACCCAGGCCCAGUCGCGCACGUAAGCGCAGACAAACCACCUCCGUGCUCUGGAGAGGUGGACCAUUACGUAAAUUUGGUGCAGAUGGCAUUAGUGCUCUUUGCUUUUGACCUGCGGAAACCCUCUUUGUUCACGAAUGGGACCGUGACUGAUGACUGUUACUGGCAAGCGUGCAGUAGGGCAAAUUUCAGCCUUUUUACUCGCAAGCGAUGUUGACUGAUAGGAUCUCAAUGAUAAGGAACUUCAAAAUUUGUCCAUAUCAUAAACAACAAGUGGUUAGGUUCGCUGUUUGAGGGAAGAAUGGUGACUUUUUUCUUAAAGAUGUGGCAGUUUGGGAUUAAUUUAUUAACUGAAGUCAGCGUCUUUGCCGGACUUUUCUAUUGAAAGUAGAAAUCGUUUUACCGAAGCUGUUCCACGUGCUGGUUAUGACAAACGGUUUUAAGCAUCUGGCGCGUCUUAAAAUCCGCUCACUAAGACAUUCAGCUAAAGCUAGGCCGCAUAGAGGUGGAAUUUAGGAAGGAGUGUCUUCAUCCGGUGCCACUGUCGACGUGCUGGAAAGCCUUUCGUGCAGCUGAUUGUGUCGUGUGCUAGGUAGGCAAAAUUUGUCUGGAACAUUUUAGUCAUGAAAGAAUUUUCGAUGGCACAUGAUUACUUUUCACAGCUGCUGUCGAAGUUACCGAACGGGAUACAGAUGUCUUCCAAUGGAUUUGAAUACUAUGCCCGGAUUAACGCCACUUCAGUAAAGGCUUGUCAGCUCUAAAGUGUUAUCUUUUUACUGACAACCGCUGCGUGCAAAUAAAUCAGCGAGUAGUUUUCGUAAAGAUCACGAAUGUGUCUAGUAAUAUGCAUAGAGUAAAAAGGAUAUAUUUAAAGUAAUGAUCUGAAAAAAGAUAAAAACGCCAAAAAAGUUAAUCUGCUGGGAUAUGAAUUAGUGUCUCUAACAGUUUUGACCGAAAAUACUGAAACCUGAACAAUAAUUUUUGCAAAUAAAUUCGGAUGAAUUAGCGCGUAAGUUGCAUUAGGGUUUUUUCUUGGAAAUUAAGCUAUAGGAGACUGCGAUAUACUCGUAUAACACUUGCCACGCCAGUGAGGUGUUUGGCUUAAAAGCAUAGAUGAUGUGGGGCAGGAGAGUCACUGGCGUCAGCCGCAGAAUGCCAUCUAGACAUUCGCAGGCGUUUUAUGUUAUAUGCUGCUUCAUGUGUCUAAAUGAGGACGAGUGUCAUUUUUGUCAAAAGGUAUUUAUCAAACGAUCUCGGACACCUUUACGGGUAG